GGUGAAAGUUGAACAGUGACGUCAUUGUAGUUUGAUCUUCAAGAUGUCGGCGCACGAUCAGCUGGUCCUGUGUUUGUGUGAAUUAACCAGGUUGCUGUGGAAGUUGCUGCUGCCUCUGUUGUUUCUGUGUGCGCUGCUGACUGCUGUCCUGGUGCUGUUGGUGCUGGGAGUCCGGUUCUGGCUGCAGAGCAGCAGGAAUGCUCGCUGGGCAAGAGACGGUUGUCCCACGGUGGCGUUCUUCCACCCGUACUGUAAUGCUGGUGGUGGUGGGGAGAGGGUGUUGUGGUGUGCCAUCAGAACACUACAGAACAGGUAUGCAGGCAUCAACUUUGUGGUGUACACAGGGGACCUGGGCGUGACCAGCCAGCAGAUUCUGCAGGGGGCGCGGCGUCGAUUCAACAUCAUGUUACCCCGACCUGUUCAGUUUGUGUUCCUGAGGCACCGGUUGCUGGUGGAACCAAGUCUGUUUCCUCACUUCACCCUGCUGGGCCAAAGCAUGGGCUCCAUCUUUCUGGGAUGGGAGGCGCUAAUGGAAUUUGUCCCAGACCUGUACGUUGACACAAUGGGCUACGCCUUCACCCUCCCCCUGUUCCGCUACCUGGGAGGCUGUAGCGUGGCCAGUUAUGUUCACUACCCCACCAUCAGCACCGACAUGCUGUCUGUGGUGAGAGAGAGGAACCCCAGGUUCAACAACCCACACUUCGUGUCCAACAGCCUGUUCCUGAGUGCCUUUAAGGUGGUCUACUACUGCAUGUUCGCCCUGCUUUACGGCAUGGCUGGCUCCUGCAGCGACCUCAUUAUGGUCAACUCCUCCUGGACCCUGGAUCACAUCCUGUCACUGUGGCGUGCGCCCAAUCGCACCACUGUCAUCUACCCACCCUGUGACGUUGGCACGUUCUUGGACAUCCCCCUAGAAGAGGAUAAAGAAAAAAAAUGUCACUCCAUCAUUUCCGUUGGGCAGUUCAGGCCUGAGAAGGACCACCGGCUGCAGAUCAGAGCUUUCAAGAAGGUGUUAGACAAGCGAGGGGAGGGUUGCAGGGAGGGGCUGAAGCUGGUUCUCAUUGGUGGAUGCAGGAACCAGGAGGAUGAGGAUCGGGUCCUCAUGCUGAGGGGUCUGUGCCAGCAGCUGGGUGUGGCUGACAGGGUGGAGUUUAAACUGAACGUACCCUUUGAGGAGCUAAAAAGAGAGAUGGGCGAAGCCACAAUCGGACUUCAUACCAUGUGGAAUGAACAUUUUGGGAUCGGCAUUGUGGAGUGCAUGGCAGCAGGGAAGGUCAUCCUGGCCCAUAAAUCCGGUGGUCCGAAACUGGAUAUCGUGGUUCCGUUUGAGGGAGGUCAGACUGGUUUUCUGGCUGAUGAUGAGGAUGGCUACGCGGAAGCCAUAGAGAGGAUUCUGGCUCUGCCGCCGGCCAGCCAGCUGCAGAUCAGACAGAAUGCCCGUCAGUCUGUGGCUCGCUUCUCGGAUCAAGAGUUUGAAACCUGCUUUCAUGCUGCUUUGGAACCGCUGAUGAGAACACUGGAACGAUGAGGAGGACGGUCUAUCCGACACCUUUAGCACUUCUACUCAGACACACUUUGGGAAUAUCGGCUGCAUUUACACUGUAGGACUGGAAACUUUGUUUUAGUUGUGUUACACAUUCCAUUUUCUUUGUCAUCAGUUCCAUUUUUUAAAUAAAAUUAUAUUUACUGUAAGGUGCAGAAAAGGACUGAAUGGGAACAAAUGCAUCUUUUAGAAACAACCUGACAUUAUCCCAACUAAGAAGCACUUCAACAAACCCCAAAUGUGAAGCAUUUUUGAUCUGUUGUUGAAUGUAAUAAAUCUGUGUGAGCAACUGUUUAGAAAUGUAAAUAAUAAAAUUAGUGUGGCUCUGCAUCU